UUUCGUUAGAUAGCCAACUACGCAAGUUCUGGGAGUUAGAGGAAGUCCCAAAAAAUAACCUUCAAUCAGACGAGGAUAUGUUUUGUGAAGAGCUGUACUUGAAAACAACUACUAGGAAUUCGGAAGGAAGAUACGUGGUUUCGCUACCGUUUAAAAACUUUUAUCCAACGGAUGUUAAGCUAGGAUCAUCGCGUCCCAUUGCAUUUCGGCAAUUUAUUCGUAACGAAGCAAGGUUAACGAAAAAUCCAUCUUUAAAGGAAGAGUAUGACAAGGUUGUUCAAGAAUAUUUGGAUCUAGGGCACAUGGAGAAAGUAGAGGCUCCAAGUUUUGAACAUUCUCCUAGUCAUUUCUACCUUCCUCAUCAUGCAGUCUUGAAACCGGAAAGUACUUCCACGAAAUUAAGGGUAGUUUUCAACGCGUCCAGCAAUUCUUCGAAUGGAGUUUGUCUUAACGAUAUUUUACAUGUAGGCCCAACCCUUCAAGCUGAUUUGACCUUGCUACUGAUACGAUGGCGGAUGUAUAAAUACGUGUUUAAUAGUGACAUCCAAAAAAUGUACAGGCAAAUUUUAGUUAACCCGUCUCAUAGGCCCUAUCAAAGGAUUCUUUUUAGAAAGGAUCCACAUAGUGGUAUACAAGAUUUUCAGUUAAGGACGGUAACGUUUGGAGUUAAUUGUGCGCCAUACUUGGCAAUUAGGACUCUUCGGCAGUAAGCUCAGGAUUCUCAUGAUUCACAUCCACUAGCGGCUCAGAUUUUACGAAAUUCUAUGUAUGUAGAUGACGUUUUAGCGGGAUUUCACGAUGUGUCCACAGCUUUACAGGCACGAGACCAGCUGAUAGAAGCACUUGAUAGUGCAGGAUUUUCUUUGAGGAGAUGGUCUUCAAAUUCCAAGGAAAUCCUCAUGGAUCUUCCUCAUGAGCAUUUAUUAAAGAGAGAAUUUUUAACUUUAGAUGAGACAAGCACAACAAAAGCACUAGGGAUUAGAUGGAAUGCUAGAUUAGACCAUUUUUUCUUCAGCGUUCAGACCCUCCCUUCAAAGGAUAGCUACACUAAACGAGAAGUGUUGUCAACGAUAGCGAAACUUUUUGACCCAGCUGGUUGGCUAGCUCCGGUGGUGGUCGUAGCUAAAAUAGUGAUGCAACAAAUUUGGUCAGAUGGUACUCUCUGGGAUCAGCCUAUAAGUUCUCAAACACUUUUUAAAUGGAAAACCUUUGUAGAAAGUUAUAGGUAUAUCGAUGACAUAAAAAUUCCGCGUUGGGUGAAUUUCACCAUUGAGUCACCAUUCGAAGUCCAUGCCUUUUGCGACGCGUCGGAAAAGGCAUACGCGGGGGUGAUAUAUUUGCGGGUAGAAAACCACGGUACAGUGUCGUCGCACCUUUUAUUAGCAAAACCUAAAGUUGCACCCAUAAAAACUAUUUUGCUUCCUCGUUUGGAGUUGUGUGGGGCGGUUCUAGUUGUCGAUAUGCUUAGGUCUCUUCUAAGUGAACUUCCUUUCAAGGUGGAAAACAUAUUUUGCUGGACAGACUCAACCAUCGUUCUCUCUUGGCUCAAAAAGCGGCCCUGCUCCUGGACCACCUUUGUCGCAAAUCGAGUAGCAAAGAUACAGGAAUUAGUCGGAUUUAGGCAUUGGAAUCACGUGGACUCGAAGGAUAAUCCAGCAGAUCUUGGCAGCAGAGGAGCAUACCCUCAGGACUUAUGUGCAAGCGAGUUGUGGUGGUACGGCCCUUCCUGGUUAGGUAAAGAUGCAGGGCAAUGGCCAUCAAUGGAUGACGAACUGGACGAUAUCACGAUCGAAGCAAGGAAAAUAAAGGCGCACGCUUCGCUUGUGUCAAGCCAUGAGGAUCCCUUAGAAAGAUUUUCAUCUCUUCCGCGCGCCCUGCGUGUUUUAGCUUACAUCUUCCGGUUUUACAACAGGACUAACCGGCACACUCGAAGAUUCCACUCGUAUCCAUCGCUAGCGGUUUCGGGAGAGGAAAUCUCGAAAAUUCGUAUUCGGCUUAUAAUUCUGGCACAGAUGAAGCAUUUUUUGGAAGAACAGAGAUGUCUGACUUCAAAAACUCCAAUUUCGCCGAAAAGCAAACUUUUAACCUUGAAUCCCUUCUUAGACUGUCAGGGUAUAAUGAGAGUCAAUGGUCGACUCGCAAAUUCGCUUAUUUUAUCUUAUAAUGAAAAACAUCCCAUUCUUCUACCUUAUAGUUGUUCGUUCUCAAGGUUGUUAGUUCACUUGAUCCAUAACAUUUCUCUUCAUGGAGGAAAUCAAUUGAUGCUGCGGCUGCUUCGCCAACAGUAUUGGAUUCCAAAGGCAAAAAAUCUCAUAAUGACUGUCAUUCAUAACUGCAGAACUUGCGUCAUUCAUAAAAAGCGGAAUCAAUCCCAAAUCAUGGCUGCCCUUCCUGAAGAGCGAACGACCCUUUCCAGGCCUUUUCAAAAUACUGGAGUCGAUUUUGCCGGCCCAUUUGAUAUUAAGAGUUUCACUGGUAGAGCAUGUAAAAUCACCAAAGGUUAUGUUUGCAUAUUUGUAUGUUUUUCCACACGGGCAAUUCACCUGGAAGGUACAAGCGAUCUGUCCACAGAGACCUUUCUUGGCGCAUUCUCGCGAUUCAUAUCUAGACGAAGCUGCCCUCAGCAAAUCUUUUCGGACAAUGGGACCAAUUUUGUAGGUGCGGCAGCUAACUUGAAAAAGGAAUUCAAGAAAUUCCUAACCACGUCGCGGGAGUCUUUGUGCAAUAUGUACAGUCAUCAGGAGGUGUCUUGGAACUUUAUCCCUGCCGGCGCUCCUCACAUGGGAGGACUAUGGGAAGCUGGAGUUAAAAGCAUCAAAUUUCAUUUUCGACGUACCGCCGCUUCUCAAAAAUUCACCUUUGAAGAGUUUCAAACCCUACUUUGUCGCAUUGAAUCCUGUCUAAAUUCUAGGCCGAUAUCGCCCAAUUCCACCGACGCCGCAGAUUGUGCAGCCCUCACACCUGGUCACUUUCUCACGGGGGGUCCCAUACUUUCUCCCCCCGAACCCUCCAUAGAAGCAAACCCAGUCUCGAUAAUUAAUCGGUGGCAAAAAAUAAAGGCUCUUAGCCAGCAACACUCUCUGCGAUGGAAAGAGGAAUAUCUCAAAGAACUCCAUAAACGCUACAAAUGGAAAUCCCCUCAAAAAGACAUCUCCGUCGAUGACCUAGUUGUAGUUCGCCAUGAAAAUCUCCCUCCUAACGAGUGGCGCUUGGGCAGGGUCACAAAGAUUUAUAAAGGCUCCGAUAAAAGAAUUCGUGUUGCAGACAUUCGCACACAAAAGGGAUUGAUAACGUGACCUAUCGUGAAGUUAGUGGUCUUACCAAACUAACCCCUCAUAUCAAUACUUUCCUUUUUUUUGCCGCUUUAGCAUCAAGACCAUGGAACUAGUUCCCGUAGACCGAUCGACACCAUCAUCGCCACGCGCCUCGCCUCCACCGCCACCGACAGAUGCCUCCGCCCAGCGCGCAGCCAGGGAAGGCGGGUCCAAAUGUAGAGUUUGCCACCGGUCGCAUCCUCUCCGGUAUUGUAGGCGAUUCUUAGAUGCCAACUACGAGCGCCGGCUGCGCCUUGUGCUUCUCCAUCGAUAUUGCUCGCGAUGUUUAGCCCACUCCCACACGGCCAAGAACUGUCUGAGCAACGGGACGUGCCAAUAUUGUGAGGAAAAGCAUCACACCCUGUUGCAUGCAAACCACCGUCUUUCUCCCCGACGCCAACUUCCCCUACUUUUAACGCAGCUUUCGGGAACAGUCACCGUUCUACCCACCGUUGCGGUUUACCUACACAUUGGGCCUCGGAAAUUUUUAGCUCGGGCUCUGAUAGACCCUUGCUCGCAAACGAGCAAAAUUUGCCACGCGCUGGUGCACCGGCUCCGCCUAAAGACGGUGCCCCUGGCGAAUAUCAGCAUGUGCGAGCUCCACGUAAGCUCGUCAAAUGAUGCACAUGUGCGAUUCUCCUUGCCGGCGAGGGUACUGUCGGAGAUCGGGUUGAAAACUCCCGCUCGUCAUCUCAGCCAAGCGACGCGGACACAAAUUCAUUAACCUCAAGCUCGCGGAUCCUGGUUUCCACACUUCCUCUGCCGUCGCCUUGAUUUUCGGUGGGGAUGUAUAUCAUAAAAUCAUAAGAGGCGAACUUAUUGCUUAUCCUGGGUUUCCUACCGCCCAGAACUCUAUUUUCGGUUGGGUCCUUUCUGGCCCAUGUGCCCUUUAAGGCACAGCGACCCCUUACUGGGUAAAUUAUAUAGUAUUUUUAAAGUUUGAAUUUAAUUGGAACUGAAUUAUUUGAAUAAAUGUAAAAAAAAAAAAAAA